CUCUCAUUCACGCACCCGCUCACACACUCUUCAAACUCACACACAGACCUUCCUACAGACACGCUUGCCUCAAACCUGCUCAGCUGCUGUGGGUGGGAGUACAAUCAAAACACAGCUUCUGACCAAGAAAACUCCUGUCUCCUUCUGACUGAGCCACGCUCCUCCAUCUGUAGGACGGGAGUGCUUCACACUGUGUAAAGCUUCCGACAGUGGCAAUAGAAAGAAGGAAGCUCCCCGGACUCCCCGAACCGGACCCUAUCCCAAAUAGAGCAGCAGAUGUGACUGAGAAGGAGAGGCGGAGAGAGAAACACAAUCUGCCCCCCACCCCGUCCCGUCUUCAAGAACAAUACCCUGCCUUCAGCUGGAGAGGGUCAGCUUUUGUCCUUCUCCCCAGGCUGCAGCUCAACUGAAGAGCAGACAGACGCGCUGACACGUUGACCCGCUGCAGCGAAGAGGAGAGGACGCGGCAAAGCAGCCCGCUGCACUCCACUUGCUUUGAUUCAGUACUUGGACAGUUCCUGAGCAACAACUGGAGAGAGUGUGUGAGAGUGUUUUCAGCAGACUGUGGGGCGUCUGGCUCAUGAGGGACUAAAGAUCACAUCUCACUUGCAGAUCAAAAAAGACAAAAAAAACCCAACCUUGAGAUGCAGACACCAUUUUCACUCAAGCUCAACCUCAGUGGUCUCAGUGGUCCUUCUCCGACCCUGGGAUCAGAGGGAAGCACCGCAACCGGCAGCUUCCUGCAGCUGGGAGAGAAGCAGCUCUUUGAGAAGUUUUGGAAAGGGACUUUUAAGGCUGUGGCCACACCGAGACCGGAGAGCGUUAUUGUGGCGAGCAUCACCGCCCGCCGCAGGGUGACUGGCUCAGAAACAACAACAUCCUACCAGCCGCUUCAGACAGACGAUCGGAAAGCUGCUGACAUGAGGGUGGACAGCGCAGACAGGAACGGCUGCAUCAAAGGAAGUGGACGUAAACACCACAGUCACCGCAGGGCCAGAAUCCCCUCCUUUGAUGGUGUCCUCUCCCCUCGGGCGAAAGGGAAGAAGAAGAAGAAGAAGAGGAAGUCUGAGCGGAAGAGAAAAAGAAGGAGGUCUCCUUCACACAGUCUGUCACCAGCGAGGAAGAAGAAAAAGAAAAAGAAGAAGAGCACUAAGAAAAGCAAGCAUCAUAGGUAUACCUCUAAGAAGUCAAAACACAGCUCUUCAAGUUUAAAACGUAAGAGGAAGGAUGAACGCAAGCACAAGAAAAGUUCACGGACUCACUCCUCACGUCGGAGGCGACACUACAGGAGGUCGGAGUCGUGCGCAUCCUCCUCCAGAUCCUUCCCGGGGGACAGACACCUGCAGAAGUCUGUGGUUCGUCAGGCUUUCAGAGCCAUGGGAGGGGCUGGAGAGGAAACCCGAGCAGCGCUGAACCCCACCGAAGCAAAGUGGAGACAUGCAUCUAAAUCUGUGUGUAAAACGGCUCCUAAAUAUCGCUCCAUCCUCUCAGCGGGCACCAUUUUGUCGUUGAAGCCUGGAAGCGAGCUUUUAAAUGGGAAAGGAGCUCAGGGUUUUUCGAGUCACGCUGAAGGUACACGUGACUACGACUCUGGUAACGACACAUCCUCACCUCCAUCCAGCAAAACUGGUGUUUCUCGAGCAAGUGUCGCUGAAAACCAGAGGAACUGCUGUCAACGUCUUACCUCACCUCCUGAGAAGCAACGCUUUGCUGACAGAGACAACGGCUCCGAUUCAGGGAACUCUGUGACAAGCUACGCUUCCUCAUGCAAACCGUAUGGGGAACAUGGCUUCUCUGCUACCGUUUUCAGUGGAAACAGCAAGAGUGGGCAGAUAACCUUGGGAUGUGAGGAAGAAGUUGUGAGAUGCCCGAAGGCAGCUCGAUGUGCGCAGAGGAGGAGCAGGUCGUCGCGAAAGCGGCGGAAAACGCAGUCCUCCUCCAGCAGUAGGAGCAGAUCUUCAGGGACUUCCAGGUACUCUGGACGCUAUUCUCGAAGCCCUUCGAUGUCUUCUUGCAGCUCGUACUCUCGUUCCCUGAGUAACUCAUCAGAUGUGAGGCGAAGAGGCAGCUUGGUCAGCUUGAGCUCCAGAGGAAGCUACUCCAAAUACAGUGCUGAUAGACUACGAGACAGGAAGCGGCAGUCCAGUUCCAGAGAGACAAAUCUGAAGCACAUGCAUAAGGUUAGUGGAAAAAGACGAAGACGCAAGUCCUACUCUCCUAUGAGGAAGAGGAGGAGAGACUCUCCAAGCCAUCUGGAAGCGCGCCGCAUCACAAGUGCCAGGAAGCGACCCAUACCUUACUUCAGACCCAGCCCUUCCGCCAGCAGCCGCUCCACCAGCGUGUCGUCAUGGAGCAGCCUCUUCACACGAAGCCGCAGUCGCAGUCACAGCCGCAGUCGCAGUUGCAGUCGCAGCUACUCUUCCUACAGAAGCUACAGCCGGAGCUCAUCGUGGAACUCCAUCUUUGGGUCCCACAGUCGCAGCCGGAGUCGGGGUUCUUUGAAGAAGCGAAGGAAAGCCCGGCGUUAAUGUUUUCCUGUUCAGAGACAGAAACUACAUUUGUAUUUGUGGUCAGAACAGAAGCUGUAGGGACUGAUGCUUGGACUAAAAUAUCCCAGCAUUUCUUCAAGGCCAUCUGUCAUUGAGAUAUUUCUGCUCUAACAUAAACAUUUUUACUUUUUGUUCCUGCACAUCAUCUUCUUGCACCAGCAAGAGAAAUUGCAUUUCCGUAUUUGUCAAACCAACGUCCAUGUUGAAUAUGUCCAACUGAGAUGCAAGUUUGUGCACUUCUCUCUAAUUCUUGUGUCUUAAUGCUUAGAAUUAACUUAAUAUGUUAUUAUGUAUUAAUGUGGAAAAAAACCAUUUGGUUAAAACCAGGCCCAUGAAGCACUGAAAUUACUUAUUCCAUUUAGUUUAUGCCCUGAUGUUUAGCAGGGCAGCAAACAUGAACUGUUCUGUCGGGUCUUUGUGACACUGAUUUUACACCAACAGAUGAAGUACAGGGGUAACAUUUAAGCUGUUUGAUCCCGGCGUUCACAGACGGCUUCACAGGGAUCGUUAUCAGGAAUCAGGAAAAGGCUUCUGGCUCUGAUCUCAGCACUUCACAAGACGAAGAACAAACAUGUUUCCUCGGCGUAGGUGGCCUGACGGCGAGCAAACGGCCUGUCAGCUUAAAUGUCACUUUAAUUUCUCCUCUGAUCAAGUGGAAAACAAUUUAAAAUGUCUGUCUAAAAUACAUCGGCGAUCAUAUUUUCAUGGGAUUGCAGGAAGAUUUUCAACAACUAUUUCUUCCUCUUGAUCCUUUUCCGUUUCUGUUACAUUACAACCUGAAAUAUGAAUGUAUUUCAUUGGGAUUAGCAGUUGGGUAGUCCAAAACAAAGUAGCACAUAAUAGUAAAGUUUAGGGAUGCAUAAUAUUGAUAUCAGUAUCAGCUGAGGUUAGUCAUUUUUUAACAUGUCAAUAUAAAGUCCAAUAUGUAAAGCUGAUUUCAACAGCUGAAAAUCUUUAGCCUUUUGCAGACUCUACCAGAUUUUUUUGGAAGAUUUUCCUGGAUUUACUGAUCAGCUGUCUUGUCCCUGCUGUAGAUUAGCCUUACCACAGCAUCACACCACCAGCAUCAUACUUCACCGUAGGGACAGUGUGUUCCAGAGGACUCGCAGUGCUAGUCCUCUAGGCCACAGAUAGUAUUUUACACAUAGGACCGAAAGGUCAGUUUUGGUCUCAUCAGUUCUUUUACAUGUUUUCUGAAUCCUCUACAUGACUUGUACUUACUGCAAGCUGGAUUUUUUUGUAUUUUUUUUUAAUUAGUAGCUUCCUUCUUACAUCAAGGCCAGAUUAGAGAAUUAUUAAUAUUUGUCCUGUCAAAAGGUCUCAAAUCUGAGCAGUGGAUCCCUGCAGCUCCUCACGAUUUACCAUUUGCCUCUUCCCUGCUUCUUGUGUCUUUGAUGAUCAGGUCUUGUUAGAUUUGCAGUUUUUACACACUCUCUUCUCUUUCAGAUAAAUGUGUUCCUUCCUUUGCCUUCACGAUGCCGUUUGUUUGGAUGUUUUCACAGAGCAGCUGUAGUUUGACUAAGAUUCAUUUAAACACACCUGCACUGUUUACAAAUUAUGAAAAUACUCAACCACCUGGUUGUAACAGAUUUUUUUAGAGUUAUCAGAGGAUUACUUUCACUCAUACUCACACUUAAACUUUAUUUUAAUCAGGUAAAUGAUUUAACUGAUGUCCAACACAAGUAUUUUAUUUCCUUUCAGAUUUAUACGACACUGGAACAAAACCUGUAAGCCAUUUUUUAUUGUGCAUAAGCAAACAUAGUUAUUACUUGUUUAAAAUGUAUCAGUGCUUUUUUUGCAGUUGUCAGAUGUUGUAUGUAAUGCUGCUAUCUCUUAUUUAUUUUCUUUUACAACUGUAACACAUUUUCUCUGUAAAAUGUUAUUUUUUCUAUAUAUGCAAAGGUUCAAUUAGAUGUCCAGCAAACUCAGUAAAUCGAAAUGUUAAAUUAGUUUCCAUUUAGAAUGGAAAAUAUUUGCAGUUUUGGGUUGAUUUCAGCUUUUCAAAAUACAUUUUGACUCCCUGAUGGUUGAGAACAUCAAAAUAAUCUUCUGUAGAGUAAAAUCCCACAUUCAGUGAAGCCUUCACUAAUUCUAAAAUGUUAUAUAUAUUGAAACUUCAAUUUUAAUCUUAUCUUUUCCCCAUCUGUGUUAUGAGCUUGCAAGUUAAGCUAGGAUGAGAAUACAGAAACUAGAAAAAGAAGCUGGCAAUGAUUACAUUUGAAGAGUCUACAGUACUUAACUUUUGCUCACCUAUUAGAAUUAUUGGACAUGCAAAGGGUAAUUAUUAGGCAGUAUUUUGGGGUUUUUCCUGUUCACUGAUGCUCCUGAUUCUAACACAAGGCUCAGCAACCUUUUCAAUCGAAGCCGUUCUUGUCCCAGCUUUGUGUCUAAUACAAUAUUUGUGACGGACCAACAACACAUCCAGAGUUUCUCAGCCCAUGAACACAGAAUAUAACCACCGGCUCCAUGAAAUUUUGUGAAUUUGUUUUUUGCCUGAUGAGCCAUUUCGGUGUAUUUGGCCUUGUGUUUUUGAUCAUUGUCUUAGUGAUGACCCAUUUGUAGUUGUCUGGUAGAGUAUAUGAUAUAUUUACUUCAAAUAUCCUGAUUUGGAAAAGUCAAGCCUAUAGCAUCACAUAUGAGAUGACAAGGUGCUUUUCCACAUAACCAUCCUUUGUUUCACCCCAGACUUAACCUGACAGAUUGUUAUCAAUAAUUAGUUUAUUGUCUUGAGAUAGUGAGUUAUCUCAUUUUCCUGACAAAGUCGCUUAAUCAUCUCAAGAUAUUUUUACUGUACUUUCAUAGACCAGUUCCUCAUUAGACCAUAUAUUUUGACCAGCUCAAAGAAAACAGGCUAUUUUCUCCAAAAUGUCACACUGUUCCUUCAAAGUUAAUUUCAUGGCAGCUCCAACUCCAAAACAGCUUUUGCUUAUAAUUAAGGGUCAUGCUUCUUAAUGGUUUCAGCUCCUUCAUCCUGUCUGCUCCAGGCCUGAAAGACUGCUGCUCUCUAUGCACUCAACUCUCUCUCAGCUUAUUUCCCUAAAUGUCAGCUAAAUUGGACAAAUGAGGGAAAUGUGCUGCUGGAAGAGAAAAGAAGUUGGCGCCAAAAAUAUAAUCCAUAUACCACAAGCUGAUGGUGGCAGAUGUGAACCUGUAUGCUGGGGGGAAGAUUUGCACAGUUGUGUUAAUAAACUUGGACAGACAGCGAUGCCCUCUCUCCGAGUUCUUGUGCAAACAGGAGUCUGAAUAUGAAAUUACCUUGUUGUAAAUAGGCACUGUGUAAAUAAUACAAAAUGUGUUUUUUUUUAUUUAUUUACAGCACACAAUUGGAGGCCUAUUGUAAACAUUCAGAAUACAAUGCAUCAACAAAUGGCAAUUUAAAUGUACUUGAAUAUGAUUUGGGGUAUUAAAAAAAACAUAAGCAAGCUCUUAUAGCAAUAGUGAUUCAUUGUGAAAUGAUGCAUUUUUAUUAUUAUUUUCAAUAUCUACAAACAUGCAAAUCAUAUAUUUUUUUGUACUGCAUGUGUGUCAAUGUAAAGUCCAUAUUGUAAUAAAGUGUCAACUGGAACCUCAACAUAAUA